UCCUCCUCCUCCUCUUCCCCCCUCUCCCCCGUUCCCCGAUUCCCCAGCGCGCGCCGCGUCGACCCGAAACCCUAAUCCGGGGUCGCUGGAACCCUAGAUAAGGGUAGAAUCGGAUCGAGACCCGAUCCUCUCCCCGCGGAGGGAGAUGAGGUAUCGCCGCUACAGGGUACUAGAACAGCUGUACGGCGCCACGGAGAGAAUCCCCGAAGCGGAGGCAUAUAACACCAGUUCUUCAAGGGGUUUAUCGCAUCCAAGGACCUGUUGACGAGUGCGAUGAUGAACUUCAGAGUGUGAAUUUGGGCAAUUUUUCAGUUGACGAAAGACCUGAAUCCAGUGCAUGCAACGUGUGCUCUGCUCCUUGUUCAUCGUGUUUGCACACAAACCAAUCAUUGCCUUUCAUGGAAUCGAAGAUGGAAUGUGAUCCUUCCGGAAGCACUUCUGGGAGGAAAGAAGGGGAUAGCUGCUCUUCCAAUGGUGCCAGUGAGGCUGUUGAUAAAAGCAAAGCAUGUGAUGACAACCGAUACGCAUGUGCCGAAACAAGUAAUCUGUUAAGUUCAACUUCAAGUCGGGACUUUUCCCCAGAAAAUACCGGUAUGAAAGCAGCAUCUAAAGAGCCAGUUCCGUGUGACCCUGAGAGAUCCACAAAGAAUGAGGGAUCAUCAAUGGCCGGAGAAGUGGAAGCAAUCAUUGUUGGCGGGCAAAAUUGCACAGCUUCUCCGAUGAAUGAAGUUAAUGAAGCAGAUAACAAAAAUCCAAGUUUGGUUUCUUUGGAAACUUCUGAUGCUUGCUUGGGGACCGAAAAUGCCAAGGACAAUAAUGUGCCAUCAGAUGAAGUUAACAAGCGCAGCUUCUCAAAUGAGCAAUGUGAAAAGAACCCCAAUUUGGCGGAGGAUUCUAAGAUGGAGGUGUUGGAUGUGCGACAGAAGACAACCUCAGAGAGUGAAAACUCUGAAGAAAUUGAGGAUGAUGUUAAAGUAUGUGACAUUUGCGGGGAUGCAGGUCAGGAAGAGCUACUUGCUUUUUGCAGUAGAUGUACUGAUGGUGCAGAGCACAUUUACUGUAUGCGGGUAAUGUUGGAUGAAGUUCCAGAAGGCGAUUGGUUAUGUGAAGAAUGCCAACUUAAGGAGGAAGCUGAAAAACAAAAUUUAGACUCAGAAGCACCUUCCUUUGGUGCAAAAGAUGAGGAAAUUGAGAGCACCGUUGACCCAAAAAUUUUGCUUAAUGAAACAAAGGAAACCAAUCCAGAUUCAAAAGGAUCAAGCGAAGUGCUUCAAAGUGCUGAUAUUUCCACUAAAAGGAAUGAAGAGAACAUAGAGGUUCCUUCACUGAGUAGGCAAAGUAGUCCUAGGAAGGGAACCGGAUCAUUUAAUGACAGUUCAUUAAGUAACUUGGAUGCGGAAAAAGCAAAGCAAGAGAGCGCACAGCAUCUUGGUCGAGCACUAACAUCUUCAGCUUCUAAUUUACCCAGAAUUCAACCACCACUAGCACGAGGAUCUCUAUCGAAGUCGAUCUCUUUCAACAACUCAAAAGUAGCAAAGGUCAAGCAGCUAAUCGAUGAUGUUCCUCCUAAGCAAAAGAAUGCCAAAGAGGCCGCUUCCAAUAGCACAAGAAAAGAGGGUCUCAACAAAACAAUCACCAAGUCCUCAUCAUUUAAAACGACAAACAGUGAGUCACUGAAUAAAACGAAGCCCCUCAAUCCGUUGUGGGCUGAGGUGAGAAGUGUGAAGGAGGUAAAAGAAAGAAUAUUAACGAGCAUGAAAAGUACUUCUUUACAGCAACCCUCUGCAAUUCCUUCUCCUAGGGCUGGUUCGAGCGCUCCUCCCCCAAAGGCAGAUUCUGAGAUUGUUCAGCAUGAUACAAAAGGAAACAAUAUACCUAAGUCAAGUAAUAUUGGCAACAGUCGAGGGUCAGACAAUGCAAACACUAUAGGAAGCAAUGAAAUGCACAAAUCAAAUUUAUUAAAAGCUUCUGGAGUUGCAUUAUCAAAUGGUUUAUCCAAACCUUCAGAUCAAAAAACUGGCCAGCUCGUCUCUAAGGACAAAUUUUUUACUUCUGGGCCUAUUGAUAAACCUUUGGGUUCUAAUCGUGCAUCACGGUGUCAAAAGUGUAAUGAAGCUGGCCACACCACUCAAUUUUGCGCAGUUGACAAGCUCCGUAUGUCCGCCCUAAAGCCUCUGGCUGACCGUACUCUAUCCCUAAAGGAGAGGAGUGGCAAAGGAAUUAAAACGAAAGAUCUAGUGGAAGUGGCAAGUUUGAAACCUAGAACUCAGGUCACUAUGAGAUCACCGGAACGAAAUGCGAAAGUUUCAACAUUGAAUUUAGAUCAGAAUUUUGAAUCUACUAGGAACUUGGUUGAGUUGAAAGAGAAGUUGGAAGUCUUGUCGAAUCAAGCUUCUGUACUUACCAACCAAUUAAGAGCUUCAGUAAUUCCAGAGCUUGACUACAUAUGGCAUGGGGAUUUUGAGCUUCUGAGAAUAGCAAGGCCUCCUGAGCUUUGUGAUGGUAUUCAAGCUCAUGCAUCAUCCUGUGCGUCACUGAAAGUGCUUGAAGCAGUGACACAUUUUAAGUCCAAAAUCCAGCUGGAAGAAGUUCCUCGUCGAAGUUCAUGGCCCCCACAAUUUCAAGAAAAUGGUCCUAGAGAAGAUAACAUCGCUCUUUUUUUCUUCGCAAAAGAUAUUGAAAGUUAUGAAAGGAACUAUAGCAAGCUUGUCGAUAGUAUGGUUAAUAACGACUUUUCCCUCAAAGGGAGAAUCGAUACAGUUGAGCUUCUUAUAUAUCCUUCCACUCUGUUGCCUGAAAACUCUCAAAGGUGGAACAAACUAUCUUUCCUCUGGGGUGUAUUUCGAAGUCGGAGGGAAAACUGCUUACAGGAGAGGCCGGAUUUGCGGCUAAAGCCAUGUGAAUCCAACUUGAACAAGGAUCUCAUGGAUAUUGAUCUAGUUUCUGCCUCUAUUUCUUCUUCUGGUGUUCCCACAUCCCAAGACUUGAAUAAUUGCGAAAAAAUACAUGCCGCAGUAGAUAUUGCAAACAUCCCUUUUUCAGAAAUAGUGCAUAGGAUCUGUCAUCAGAAAAGCACUUCUCCUCAGGCUGCUGUUGAUAAUAAGGAAGUAAGGAGGACUAAUGAUAAGUCAGAAGAAGAGCAGGUUUCAUUUUCAUUUCCUGAAAGUGGCUUGUCAAAGAACACAAGUGAGCAUCCCAAUAUUCUUGUCUCUAAUCCUGCAACAAACACUCAGAUUAACCCUGAUAGGCUAUCAGGAGUGAAGUACGAUUCCUGGCAGAACAACAUCAGCUAUAAUUCAGAUGGGGAAAAUGAUAUAGGAAAUGCACUUCAUGUUCAUGGUGAUGCGCAGAUGGAUUCUAAAGAUAGAAAGCUGGCAAAUUACAAAGUUCCCUCGAUAUCACAUCUUGGAGAAGAUACAGGUUGUGCAAACAUAACUGAGGACAAAAUUGGACAGGAGAGUUUGAAGAGGAGCCAGGUUUUUUCGGAUGACCACCUUGAAGAUCCAAUGGAUAUAGAUCUUCCAAGUGGCGGCCUAAGGGCCCUCAGGAAGCGCAACUCAAGCUCCUUGGAAAUUUUCUCACAUUCACCAUGUGCUGAUUUAAAAAACAAUGGUAAACUAAUGCAUUGGGAAGAGGACGCCAACUUUGUAUCUCCUGAGGGCCAAAGAGAGCACAAGAAGGUGAAACUCGAUCUUAACCCUAACCCUGGAGGAGAUAUCCUUGAUGGUAAAUUCUCAUCAAAGGUGCACCCAUUGUCAUCAUCGUUGGUGGAUAAUAAUAAUAUCGAUAGUGAAAGAAUACCCGAGAGUUCAACGAGUGCUGGAAGGUACUUCUUUCCGGUAGAUUUAGAUUUAGGUCCUUCAAGGACCGCAAAGCAGGAACCGAUCGACAUCCUUUCUUCUUCAGAUGAUGAAGAGGCGCGAGAAGAGCGUGAUGCCCCAGAUCUUGAGCUAGCUUUGUGGGACGCAAAGAAAUCGCCCAAAAAGGAUACCUCGUCCUUUUCUUUUAAACUUGCUGAGAAGAGAAAACAAGAUAGGCCGCCCUCUCUUGCGGCGGAGGACGGGAACGACACCACGGCUUCUCUUUCUCUCUCUCUUGGUUUCCCUGUCUCAGAGAAGGCACAAGCUGCUAAUAAUAAAGCCACAGCUAAAAGCGAAAAUCUCUUGCCUGAUAAAGCUGUAGUUGGCUCCUCUUUCUUUCUGUUUAAUGGCUUGCGAGAUACCUGACGAAGACUGAUAUAUAGAUUGCCUCAUUUAUCUGAUGGUCGGAGAGAAUCAAUGGCCACGGGAGAUGGUGCUGCUCACCAGACAUAAAUUUAUACAAACUUUCUUUCACUCUUUCAACUUUCUUUGUCCACUUACUGUUCUCAGAGUUCAGAGGUGCCACAUUUUUGUACAUUACAAGAACACUCGCACCAGUUUAACACAGUGGAGUCAUCGGUGGGUACAUUUUCUGUUCGAUUGAGCUAAAACUGAUUCGCUUUGAGUAGAUACCAAGAAGCCUAUUCCUUGACUCGGGAUAUCUUCUCGUGAUCGAAAGUGAUUAUUUAACUUCCAUAGCUGAUGGGCUGCAUGAAUUCGAUUGACAGUUCUUGUAUUUGAUAUCAGCUUUUCUGAGAAGCUACUUUUUCAAUGGCCCGUGCCCCACAACAGGAAUCAUCUAGCUAAAGAGUCUCUCUGGGGAAAUAAUCCGGGAAGCUGUUUGCACCAUUUUUUGUCGUGCAGAUUGAGUUGCUGCGUGUAACAUUUGGCAAUCUCAUGUCGAAUUCUAAGGGCAUGUAAUCUGGCGGAUGUCUUUCAAGUUGCACAGAAAUAUGCGAUGAAAGGUGCUGCCUGUUUUGCGGGAUUUCUCGGUCUCUGCUACUCCAAAUGUUGAUUCUCUCUUGACAUUCUCCCCAUGUAAUCCAUCCUGUUGUAGAUAUAGAGGAAACACUUAUGUAAAGACCGAUUCCAAGUAGAAUAUAUUGCUCUACUGCGAAUGAGGUCUCCGUAUGUUACUACCUACAUCGGCGACUGGAGGGGCGGCUUCACGCUAACAAAUCUGUGCCAAGAAAAUGUGUUGGGUGUCUGUACUUUUGUACAAAUUAUCGCAAUGUAUGUGCAUGGAUACUGAGCUCUGCGAGGCCCUGUAUCCGUCUCAUCUUUAAGAUUAGGCACCGCCUCUUGGAGAUAUGUUUAGUUUCUUCUUAAGCUUUUGUACAUUAAUAUGAUAAUAUGAUUUACGAGCAGAUGCAAUUUUCUACCUGAUUCCUUUA